AUAAUCGAUCCUUGUCGCACGCAUUUUGAUCCCACAACAUCCCAGAUUGAUUUCUCCUGUAGACAAUUCCCAGAUCGACAAUUUUUUUUUAAAGAUUUGGACAUUGCUGAAUUUCAAUUAAUAACCUACAAAUUUGUACAGCGGAAUUGUAGUUGUACAGCUGAAGACUAAAAUGACUACCAAAUCGUCAUCUAUUACGCCAAUCCCGUUUUUCACUGGCCCGACGAUUGAGCUGAUGGCCGACAUGGUCCAGGAGAUGGCGGACGGGGCCCGGGACGCCGACAACCCCUUCGAUCCGUCCCGCAUCACCACCCCAGUCCCCUCCACCCCCUCAUCCCUCGCCACUCCACCCUGGCAGUUCCGUCCGCAGCCAGUCAACAGUCUCUUCGACUCCCUGACCCUCCGCGCCACCAUCGGGGCCCUGCACGCCAUCGUCUUCCUGUCCGGGAUUCUGGUCAACCUCCUGGUGAUCGUGGUGGUGGCGCGGGGGCGCCGACACGGCCUGCACACCGUCACCAACACCCUCCUGUGCAGUCUGUCUGCCAACUACAUCGUCAUGUGUCUCUUCACUGGCCCCCUGAUGCCGCUGAGCGCCUACACCCACGGCUGGUAUUUCGGCCCGCUCCUCUGCCACAUGUUCCCGUCCAUCGAGACCGCCACGUUGUCGGUGGCCACCCUGACCAUUACGGCCAUCGCGCUGGAGCGUUUCUUCACCAUUUGCUGUCCGAUGGUCCCGCGGCUGCGAGUCAAACAUGGAAUAGUGAUAGCCGCGGUCAUCUGGAUGGUGGCGUACGGGUUGGCGGUGCCGUAUGGGAUGUAUAUGACCCGGACGGUGCGUGAGAAAGGGAUGCCGGUGCGGUGUAUAGAUGACUGGUCGAUGGAUGGGCGCCGGACGGUGGGGCUGGUGUCUGUGGUGGUGCAGAAUAUUCUACCGUUGGCUAUCUGUGUGGUGUCGUAUUUGGCGGUGUGGUGGAAAUUGGGCGAUCCGCUGAUGCGUGUGGUGCUGGUUAACUGUACACACGGUGGGACGGAAGUCACAAGUCUCGAAGACGAACGCCGUCGCAUCAUAAUGCUGGUGUGGAACGCCAUGAUCUUCGCUCUCUGCUGGCUGCCAUUGGCCGUCAUCGACCUUCUUGGCGCACAUUUUCCGCAAACGACGUCGGAGGAUUCCGAUGGUUUCCUCUUCCUCUUCUUCAUGGGACACCUGUUAGCCGUCAGUUCGGCCGUGUGGAACCCGGUUUUAUUUGCCGUAAUGGACUGGCGUUUCCGGCGCCAGUUGGAGCAGCUUUUUGCCCGCUGUCGUAUCUGCAAAACCGGCCAUGUGGACCCCGAACAGGACAGCAACAUGAUGGCGGUGUACAGUACCGAUAAAUCCCUGCCAACCGCCGGUGACAAUCUGGUCUUUGAGGUCAACGCGGGUGAGACGCCGCCUCCGUACGCCUACGUGUAUUCCGUGGAUGCCGGUCAACCACAACAGGCGCAGCUGGCGCCGACGGCACUACGCACCGAUGACUACGCGGCACUCCUUGAUUAUCCGCACGAAGAAAUGAAUUCUUAAUCUACUGUAUCCGCAAACCGCAGUAUUUAAGACACCUUUUUAUUUACAAUAUUUUUCAUUAAGUCUUUGGUCUUUUUUUCUGUAUUAUAGAUUUUACUAAACAUAAUAUUUCAGAUUUGCCAGGUCAGGUCGUUUUCAGUUACAAUUUUCGUUUAAUUUUUAUUCGUUAUUUUAUUUGUUUUCUAAAGGCGUUCCAGAUUCGCCGUGUAUCACACAAAUCCCAUACGGUUUAAACCCUUUAAGUGAUUUUGAUCCUUUUAAUACUUAUUGCAACCGUCUGUAUUACCAGUUUUUAUACUAAUAACAUGAAAGUAGUAAGUAAAAUUCUUCCCUGUUUUUUUAAUCAUUUUGCUUUUUAAUGAGGUUGUUAAUGCUUUGUGCUAACAAUUUUCAGUAACAAAGUAGUAACGUAGUGCACUUCUAAACGCUGUCCUUGUAGACAAAUGUUAUCAUGAUAAAAGAGAUAAAGCUUAACUUGUUGGUUACA